CGGCCUGGCCCUUAGUUGUAUCAUCGUGUCCUUUUCCUCCUACCACACACCAUUUUUCCUUCUCCUCCCUCUUUCCUCUCCUCCUCCGUCUCCUUUGCUCUCCAUCCUCUUCCUCUUUCUUCCUCCACUUGAAGCUUAUUACAGGCAUUUGCUUCUAGUCUAGUAGUCCCCAAGCAAGAACUAAUUUUUCCGGUUCUGGUGCAGCAGCGGAUUAAGCUCGCAGCCAUUACCAGCUAAUUAACCAGAUUUCCUCUAGCUAACCCUCUCCUUUUUGAGCUUGGUGAUCGGCUCGAGUCGAGUGUACAUACACACAUACGCACUCUUACCUGCUAGGACGGUUGAUCGAUCGAUAGGAAUAGGAGGAGGAGGUCGAAGAUGAUGCGCGGGGCCAGGGAGCAGAGGGUGGCCUUCUCGCCAAUGAAGGAGGCCGCGGCGGUGCCCAAGGAGGAGGUGUGGGAGGUCCGGCCGGGGGGCAUGCUGGUGCAGAAGCGGAGCCCCGACGCGGACCCGCCCCCCGGCGGCGCGCCCGUGCCCACCAUCCGCGUCAAGGUCAAGUUCAACGGCGUCUACCACGAGAUCUACAUCAACGCCCAGGCGUCCUUCGGCGAGCUGAAGAAGCUGCUGUCGGAGAAGACGGGCCUGCACCCGGAUGACCAGAAGGUUGUGUACAAGGACAAGGAGCGCGACUCCAAGGCGUUCCUCGACAUGGCCGGCGUCAAGGACCGCUCCAAGAUGCUCAUGCUCGAGGACCCCGCCGCGAAGGCCAAGCGCCUCCUCGAGGAGCGGCGGACCACCAAGGCAGAGCGCGCCGCCAAGGCCAUCGCGCGCGUCGCGCUCGACGUCGACAAGCUCGCCACCAAGGUGUCGGCGCUGGAGACGAUCGUGAGCAAGGGCGGCAAGGUGGUGGACGCCGACGUGGUGGCGCUGACGGAGGCCCUGAUGAACGAGCUGGUGAAGCUGGACUCCAUCGCUGCUGACGGCGAGGUGAAGGCGCAGCGGCGGGCGCAGGAGAAGCGGGUGCAGAAGCACGUGGAGACGCUGGACGCCAUCCGCGCCAAGAACAAGGCGGCGGCGCCGGCGCCCAAUAAUAAGGCGAGCGGCAAGACGCGGCCGCCGCACCUCCCGCCGCGCCCGCCCCCGGCGGCGCAGCAGCAGCAGCAGCAGCGCCGGCAGUUCCAGCCGCCGGCGCCCACCACGGCGACGGCCCCUGCGCCGCAGACGCAGACGGCGAGCUGGGAGACGUUCGACCUCCUGUCGUCGGUGCCGUCGACGUCGGCGGCCCCCGUGACGAGCAUGGCCCCGGCGACUACCACCACGCCGUCCCCGCGGUUCGAGUGGGAGCUCUUCUAGAAUGGAGGCGCCCGCCCACCUGCUGCUGCUGGUCCCCUCGCGCGUACGUCCCGCCACAUGUGUGCCUGCCCAUUGGCUCGGCCGGUACCUUUCUUCUUGUCCAUUCACCUCGGCCAUGGUGCAAGUCAAUCGCCAUUGUUCCUUUCUUUCUCCUCUUUAUUUGUUCUUUCUUUCUCUCUGCUCUUUGUUGAGUGUAUAUUGAGAUCUCCACAAAAAGAAAAGAAAAAGGCAAGAACUGCGAUGAGCUAGUGAGGUGAAGAAACUGGAAGCGAGCAUGCAAGCACAUCCAUGAUGUUAGUUGGUGUCUGUCUGUCUGUCUGCAGAAUAAGUGGUGGCCUGGCCUUGCGAUCGAUCGACGAAGGAUUUUUCCCAUGACCAUAUGUGUAUAAUAGUAGCAGUACAAUGUACAGUGUACAUGAAUCAAAACAAUCUCCCAACACACACACAUUUGUUUGUGCCGUGUGUACUGUAGUAUGAUGGAUGGAUGCUUCAUCGUUCACCCCACAUUGUGCAACCCAACUAACAAUGCUCGCUGCUGGUUU